CAAAUGGGCUCUUUUUCGAAAGGGGGUGGGGAGGAGAGCGGCACACGUAGUUACGCCUCAGACCUCAAAGACUCGACAAAGAAACAUACACACACACACUUGAGAAGACACGAAGAACGAAAACCAAAUCGAGAAUAUUAGGCAUCGAAAAAGGGAUUAAAAAAAUCCCCAAAUCGUUGAAUAUCUAAUUCUUAGGGGAUUGAGGUAGAGAAAGAUGGGAUCGGCUGAUUCAGAAUUGGAUUCAAUUUUUCAGGAUAACAAGCGCCAUCGUAAUCGUCUUGUUCCGAUCGGUGCAUUUCUCACUGCAGGAGUGCUUACUGCUGGACUCAUUAGUUUCAAGCGGGGAAAUUCUCAAUUAGGUCAGCAACUAAUGAGAGCUAGAGUUCUUGUUCAAGGUGGUACAGUCGCGCUGAUGGUCGGGUCAGCAUAUUACUAUGGAGAUAAUUUCAAGCGUGCUGGUUGACCGACAGCCAAAUGAUGUCUAUGGACUUCCUCAUUCGCCUGUCACGAGUUGAUUUCUGCAGGGAAAAAGGAUUCCAUAUCUUGCUAUGAGGCAGUUCUUUGCAUGGCUGUCAUUGCCACCCCAACCAUCCCCCACCACACAGAAAAGAAAAGGAGAGGAAAAUGAAUAACAGAGUGAAAAUAAUGCUAAUCUUUAUGUAUUUUUUUAAUUAACGGGGUGGACAUGACUUUCCUGCUUUGUGUCUGAUUUACAUGGUUUUAAUUUUGAUGUUAGUUGAAAUUGAUUAAAUUGUGUGCGACUUCUUGAAGGUCACAUUCAAAAAGAACUCUUAUUACAACAUAA